UUGAAUAUCUAAGACAAGUACAGGAAAACAAUAAUCCAUGUAUAAUCAAAAGUUUUGUUCAAUCUUCCCUAUUGAAAGUUAAGCUAAAUAACCAAAAUAAAAUUAUUUUACCCUAUUUUCUUUAUUACGACGAUUUUGAAGUUAAUAACCCGUUGGGGUCUCAUGCUGGAAUACAAAAACUUGGAGCUGUAUACAUUUCUCUUGCUUGUUUACCACCUGAACUAGCAUCAUCACUAAAUUAUAUUUAUUUAGUCGCUCUUUUCAAAACUGAGGAUAAAAAUUGUUUUGGGAAUCGUGCUAUAUUUAAAGAUCUUAUUGCAGAGCUAAAUUUUUUAGAGUCAACUGGGAUUGAAGUGGUUGUCGAUAACAAAACCUAUAAUAUUUUCUUUAAAUUAGGAUUAAUUCUCGGUGAUAACCUAGGAUUACACUCUAUUCUAGGAUUUGUUGAGAGUUUUGUUGCAAAUUAUCAUUGUCGAUUCUGUAAAACUCAUAAAAAAGAAUGUCAUCAACAAUCUAUACAAAAUGAUAACAGCUUAAGAGACACUGUUAAUUAUACAGCUGAUGUUAUGUGUAAUGAUGUGUCCGUUACUGGUAUUAAAGAACCAUGUAUCUGGAAUGAUGUAGGAUCUUUUAAUGUAACUACCAACUAUAGUGUGGAUAUAAUGCAUGAUAUGGCAGAAGGGGUAUGCAAAUAUGAUAUAGGUCUUAUACUGAAAGAAAUGAUUUAUAAUCUCAAGUAUUUUUCUCUUGAUACAUUAAAUAACAGAAUAGAGUCCUUUAAUUAUGAGCCAGUAGACAUUAGAAGUAGGCCAACACUAAUUACUGAUACAA